CGCACAAAUUUCCCAAUCUUAUCUCGUUGUGUCUCUCUACUUCAUUCGCACAAUCAUAAUCAUGGACAGUAGGCCAGGGUUUGUUGAUGAGUCGGUGAUCGAGGUGCGAGGGUUUGUGGAUUACACCACCUACGAGAUUCCAGGGCACGAAUUCACGACGCCCCCUGAUCCUUCCAAACUUAAAUUCAGCCCAUCGAUGGGGAACCUUCCCCCUCUCAAAACACUGAGGGUUCUCUCUGACCUCAUGAAGCGCGAGCUGCCACUGCCGCCGUCCAGCAUCGACCGUCUUGCCGAAGAAAUAGGCAGGAAUCAGCAAUUGAUUCUGCUGGAAGAUGGCGAUGUCCACAAAUUCGUUCAAUUUGUUAAAGAAUUCUAUGUUCAACGCGGAAAACGUCAAUACCCAGGUCGUCUUUAUUUUCUCCAACAAGGAAUGUUCGAUCAUGUUAGACUACUAUUGGAGGCGGAAGGGAUCAAGGGUUACAGCGUUUUCUCAGAUCCGCCCAAAAUCUGGUCUACCACGAAGAAGAUCAACCUGAAGAGUUCCGACGGCGAGGUUUUCGAAGUCGAUGGACAGGUGGCGGUGGAGUGUCAGACGAUCAAGCAGAUGAUCGAGGAUGACGGUGCGGACUCUGUAAUCCCUCUCCCCAAAGUGAAUAGCAAAAUUCUGGCUAAGGUCAUUGAGUACUGCAAGCGCCACGCUGAAGCUUUGAUGUCUGGCGAUAAGCUCGCCUAUAAGGAGCUCAAGCCCUAGGCUCUUGAUUUCGUCAAAGUUGAUGGGCCGACCCUCCGUGAUCUCAUCUUGGCUGCCAAUUACCUCAACAUAAAGAGCUUGCUGAACCUCACCUGUGAUACUUUUUGUGAAAUGACCAAGGACAAGAUGCCAGGGGAGGGGUACAAGAUUUUCCUCACUAAGAAUGACUUCACACCAUUGGAGCCCGGUCAAGGCGAAUGCCCCUCAUCUUCUGUUAAUGCUUGAGUGAUGCUGCUGAAUAUCCCCUAGUACAUGCUUAAAAACAUUCUUUUUUAAAUGAACACCAACAUUCAUUUUUAGUUAUUUAGGGGGUGUUUGUUUUUCUGCCAGAAGACCUUCUGGCGUCUUUUGUCUGCGCCGCGCAGACGCGCGCAGAUGAUGGGCUCGUUUGUUUUUUGGAAGACAUUUCACUCAAAAAGGUCUUCCUAACAUCUUCUUGG